AGAGAUUUUAAUUAAAAUUUAUAGAACGACGUUAAAGAUCUUUGAACUUUCAAGAAAGUUCACCUUUUAACUAUUAUCUACAAGAACUGAAGCACAUUUUCUUAUCUAUCAUAUGACGUGUGAGACGGGUAAAUGAUUUGAGAAGUAGCAAUCACUAUAAAUACUAACACACGACAGUUCGUUUCUAUCCUUUGAACGUUAUAUUUAAUGAGAUUUAAACGAUCGUACGAAAGUAUUCAAUUUGAUUUAAUUCGAUUGAGAUAUUGUUCGGUGUUACAAUCACAUUCAUAUCGUCCAUCAUUUACAAAUUACUUUGAUAUAUUUUUAAUAGACAACGAAGGUAUUUUUGAAUAUAUUUAUUCGCACAAUUUAAAUUUAAUUUUUUACUUAGUUUAUUGUUCGAUAGACGAAUCGAAUAAUUCCGAUAAACGAAGAGUAAUUAUAAAGUAUUAUAUACAAUAGAUCGUAAACAUAGCAUUGUACUUUUCGAUUUAUUCGUUACAUCAGGAGAGAGAGAAAGAGAAAGAGAAAAGAAAGAAGAAGUAGAAGAAAAAGAAGAAGAAGAAGAAGAAGAAGAAAAAGAAGAAGAAGAAGAAGAAACUAUUUUUACUCUAUAAAUUCUCUAUUGUUUCUGAUUACAGUUAUUCCACCCGUGAAUAUAUCUCUUUAAAUAAAGUCAAGUAACAAUGGAAUCUCUGACAAGAAUGAUACUCGGAAAUCUUCGUUUUACUUCACAAUCUAAUUUGUUAAAAAUUCGUAAACAAAAAUUACAAUAUCCUAGAAGUAUUACAUCACAGCAAGUAUACGAACGGGAAUCGAAAUACGGUGCACAUAAUUAUCAUCCUCUUGAAGUAGCACUUUGUAAAGCCGAAGGAGUAUACAUGUGGGAUGUCGAAGGGAAAAGGUAUUAUGAUUUUUUAAGUGCUUAUUCAGCUGUCAAUCAAGGUCAUUGCCACCCGAGGAUUUACGAAACCAUGAUGAAACAAGCGAAGAUCUUAACACUAAGUUCGAGAGCUUUUUAUACGGAUGUUUUAGGUGAAUUUGAGGAAUAUGUAACUAAAUUGUUUGGAUAUGAUAAAUGGUUGCCAAUGAACACUGGAGUAGAAGGAGGUGAGACGGCUUGUAAAUUAGCACGAAGAUGGGGAUACACGAGAAAAAAUAUACCGCAAUAUCAAGGAAAAAUAAUAUUCGCUGAAGGUAACUUUUGGGGAAGAACAAUGAGUGCUUUAUCCUCAAGUACCGAUCCAAGUAGUUACAGUGGUUUCGGUCCAUUUAUGCCGGGUUUUGAGCUGGUACCAUAUGAUGAUCUGAUUGCUCUUGAAAAAGCACUUGCCGAUCCAAACGUUUGUGCUUUCAUGGUCGAACCUAUUCAAGGUGAAGCAGGAGUAGUAGUACCACGGAACGGUUAUCUGAAGGGCGUUAGAGAGCUUUGUACAAAAUACAACGUUCUAUGGAUAGCCGAUGAAGUUCAAACGGGAUUGGGAAGAACAGGGAAACGAUUGGCCGUUGAUCACGAAAAUGUUAAGCCUGAUAUUUUAAUACUUGGAAAGGCAUUAUCCGGUGGCUUUUAUCCGGUAUCCGGAGUUUUAGCCAAUGAUCCUAUAAUGUUAACCAUAAAGCCUGGCGAACAUGGCUCGACAUACGGUGGUAAUCCUUUAGGUUGCAAAAUUGCUCUCGAGGCAUUACGCGUUCUUGAGGAAGAAAAAUUAGCUGAUAAUGCCGAUAAGCUUGGUCCGAUUUUAAGAAACGAACUUGAAAAACUUCCGAAAGAUAUUAUCACGUUGGUCAGAGGAAAGGGACUUUUGAAUGCUAUCGUUAUCAAUGAAAAGAUCAAUGCUAUGGAUGUAUGUAUAAAAUUGAAGGAUGAAGGUCUUUUGGCAAAACCAACGCACGGUCAUAUUAUUAGACUUGCUCCACCUUUAGUUAUUACUGAAUCUCAGAUAAGAGAAUGCGCGGAUAUUAUUUCACGAACGAUAUUGAAAUUUAUAAAAUAAUAUUUUAUAAAAUUUCUUUUGUAUAAGCGUUCACACACAUGUGCCAUGAGAGUGCAUAUUAUUCAUAUGUUAUAUAUUUAUGAUAUAGUUAUAUAAAAUAAAUUUAUUUUCUUUUGCAUUUAA